UUGCAUCAUUUGCCUUUCUCUGCCAAAACAGGAGCUAGACGGGAGCAUGUGGGUUGUGGGUGGGGAGCAGGGUGGUGGGGCCUCAGGGGUAUAAGACCAGGCCUGGGACACAGGGAAGGCAGGAGAGAGGAAGUACGAGCGAAGGAGUGUGGUCAGAGCCGUGUUCUCUACCCUGCUGGGAACCCUCCACCCCAUCACUGCUACCUGCAACUGACUGUGGGAAGUCUGGGUUCUCUCCCCAGGUGCAGGAGGGGAAUAGAGUCCAGUGGUUAGAGCGGUGGGGGGGAGGGCACCUGGGUUCUCUUCCCAGGUAUAGAGAGUAGAGUUGAGUAGUUAGAGCAGGGGGUCCUGGGAGCCAGGACACCUGGGUUCCAUCCUGCUGCUGCUCCCUGUGUUCCUGGCCAUGGCGGGACCAUGGCCUCAGGUGUCCGGGCCGUGCUGGUUGCUGGCAGGUGUGCUGCUCUGGGGGGCCAAUUCCCCUGAUCCUGCCCUAGGCUCCCCCCUGCGCGACUCCAGCCCCCUACUAGCCCUCGAUGGGCAGGUGCGUCUGCGGCACCUGUACACAGCCAACGAGCACACGCAACUUCACCUGGAGAUCCUGCCCGACGGCCGCGUGCGGGGAGUGCCCCAGCAGAGCCCAUACAGUCUGAUGGAGAUCAAGGCAGUGAAGCCAGGGGUGGUGCAGAUCCAGGCGGCAAAAUCCCUGCAGUUCCUGUGCAUGGAUGUCCGGGGGCGGCUCUAUGGAGCGGGCUCGUACUCCACUGAGGCCUGUAACUUCCGGGAGAAAGUGCUGAGCGAUGGCUACAACCUGUACAUCUCGGAGCACCACAACCGGCCCCUCAGCCUGACACCCUCUGGGGCCUUGCCGGGGACAGGACGCCCCAGCCCCCCACUCAUCCAGUGGCUGCCCUUGGCCAGCCACAUCCCCGCCGAGCCUGUGCUCCUAGAGUACCCCUUUGCCCAGCCCGGUGUGGAUGUGGACUCUGCCGACCCCCUGGGAAUCCUGGGCCAGACCCCUGAGGUGCUGAGUCCCAGCUACAUCAUCUGAGAGCCUGGACGCCUGGGUUCUGUUGCUUGGUGAUGGCUCAGCGUCUGAUGGCGUAGAGCAGGGAGGCUGGGAGCCAGGACACCUGGGUGGGUUCUCUCCCAGCUCUGGGCAGGGACCAGGGUCUGGUGGGUUACAGGGAGCCUGGACACCUGGGUUCUUUCCCAGCCCUGAAACAGAUUCCCCCCACCCCUCCAGGAGCCAUGGCAGCCUCUGGAGGGGAGCGGGAGGUUUUGUGGCAUUUCAUCCUCAUCCUUUUCUUUUCUAUGUAUUUAAGAGACUAUUUAUUACCCCCUGGGUUUAUUUAUUGCGUGGGGGGGUUCUUGGUAUUUAUGGUGUGGCUGUCCCAGCCACCUGGAGUGAAUAAAGAGGG